UUGUGGGGGAGGUCAGUGGAUUAAGUUCAUCAUUGCUUGUGUCCGGGAGGUGAAGACACAGUGUGUGUGAGUGUGUGAGUGCAUGUGUGUGUGGAAGCCUGACAGGUGUUUUUGUUGCUCAUCUGGAUUUCGUGCUCCAAUUUAGGUUAAGGAAACGUAUUCAUCUGAAGCUCCUUCACGUGGACGCUCUCAGUCUCCAGCUCCUUGUAGCAUUGGGAGACGGCAAGGCCUCAGAACUGCGGUGGAAAAGUGAUCGGCCGGAUGCACCCCAUGGAUGCAGCAUCCAGUUUGCAAACGUAGGCUCUUACAACCUUGAAAAACCAUAAACACAGGAAUGGAGAACCCGACAGUGGAAUCGAAUGAGACUUUGUCACUAAAGUGCAACAUGACCGGCAGCCACAAAUUCAUCUUCACAUUUGUUCCCGUCGUCUACGCUUGCAAUUUCGUAAUUGGGAUAGUGGGGAACAGCAUGGUGGUGGCUGUUAUUUAUCGCUACAUGAAGCUGAAGACUGUAGCCAAUGUGUUUGUGCUCAAUUUGGCUGUAUCGGAUCUUACCUUCCUCGUCACGUUGCCCAUGUGGGCCACAUUUACUGCCCUGGGUUACAACUGGCCGUUUGGAAGUUUCCUGUGCAAGGCCAGUGCAGGCCUGGCUAUUUUCAAUCUCUACACUAGUAUAUUCUUUCUGACGGCGCUCAGCGUGGAUCGAUACUUGGCCAUCGUUCACCCAGUGGGUUCACGGCAGCGGCGCACUCUGCUCUACGCCCGUCUUACCUGCGUGCUGCUGUGGGUAUUUGCCUUCGUUCUGAGCAUGCCUACUGCUCUAAGCAGGGACACCAUGAUGGUCAAGGAUCACCCCGCCACACUCUGUGGAAUCUUGCAGCGAGCAGAUCACAAGCAGCUCAACCUUCUGGUGUCUCUCAGCAUCCUUAAGACUGUUUUAGGGUUCCUGGUGCCCUUCCUCAUCAUCAUCACCUGUGACUGCCUGAUGGGUUGCGCCCUGUUGAAAGCCAAAGGCUUGCUGAGGAAAAGCGCACGUUCCCGAGAAGACGAGACUCUGCGUAUGCUAGUUGCUGCGGUCCUGGCCUUCUUCGUAUGCUGGGCUCCUCACCAGAUCUUCCACUUUAUGGAGCUUCUGGCAAUGCUAGGGGUGGUGAAAGACUGCCACGUCCUGGACGUCAUCGACACGGCCAUGCCCUUCAGCGUAUGCCUGGCUUACUUUAACAGUUGUGUCAACCCCAUCCUAUAUGGUUUCGUGGGCCACAACUUUCGCAAGAACCUCCUGAGGCUGCUGCACUGUGAGGGGGGUUCUGUUGUAAGAAACUCCAGUAUCAGUACCAAGAUGACUGCAAUGUCCACCAGAGCUUCUCAAGUGCUGCAUUUGUCCAGUAAGAAAAGCUCUGAGUGUAACGCUAACACAGUGGAAGACCCAAAGACCUAGUUCAAUCAGAACACCGGGAAGGUCAUCUUUCUCGUUUCAUCUCAUUAGCAUUUGGAAGAUCUUCAUUAAAUUAAAAAAGACAGAUCUUGAGAUAAAGGUUACAAUGAAACCCUAACUGAAUCAUGAAGUUUGAAUUAAGUGUGCUUUAAUCCAGAAAUGACUUACAAUCCAACAUCUUGAUGAAUGUAUGGAAGUCUGUAUUGAAGGUUAAUAGUAUUAUAGUGAAAGUGAGAUGUGUUGAGUUGUUUGUGCCUGGGUUAAGAGGGCAAUGUCCCAUAAGCAAACUUGGAACUUAGAUAUGAGUUUAAACACGUCAAGCACCACAUAUAGGCUUUUUCCUUAUAUAUAUCUAUCUUGUCUAAAAAUUGAGCAGGUAGCAGAGGCCAGUUUUGUGUAUGUUUAAAUCAAGGUAAUGUGUGUUGCUUAUAACUGUGGUUUGCAGUGUUGCUAGGAGUGUGAUUGUCAUAAAAUUUCAGCACUUGUAACAAAACAUAAAAUAAUAUGACAUUUAAGAUCAAGUAUGAUCUCGAUGGAGGAAAAAAAAAAGGAAAGAAAUCAGGGAAAGUAUGCUUGUCUGCUGGUCUAAUAGGAUUCCACUGUCAUAUCUGGCAACCCUGGUGACAGCGCAUAAGUCAUACUCAUCAGGUUUUACUCACAUAUAUGAAAUUUAAGAUAUUAUACAGAUCACAACACAUCAGCUGAAGAUGAUUGCAAGGCGAAGGAUCGUGGUUGUAUGAAGUUGAUCCUCUUAUUAUCGAUUACUAUUAUCAUUCCUUGACCCAUUAUCAUAACAGCACUGUUUCCAUGGCAACUAAGACAAUAAAGAGCAGCUACUGUACAUUAGUCUUAAAUAUUUAAAAUAAACCUACCUAAACCCUCUCGCACAUCUAUUAAAGAGUUAUCUCGAAUUCCAGUAGAUCUUCGUCUAUUUUUAAUGCAAGGUUAUGUACGUGCGUAGUAACGAAUGUCCUUCUUACGGUGUUAUUACUGUAUCAAAGUUGGCUAGCCUGUUGGGAAAACAAAUGUUUGCAACGUCCAGAAUAUUUUACUUUCUAGAUAUGCAAGCAAGCAGUCGUCUAGUGCAAAGUUAUUACAAUCAGGGAUCACUUUUACAAGCAAAACAUGAACAAUAUUUAGGUAUGUCAUUUAAAUAGGAACAAUAAUAUUGAGGAGCCAGAAAGUUUUUAUUGCAAGCCAUAUGACCUGAUUUAACAAAACCUUACAUUUCACUAGACAUGAUUUAUUGUUAUAAUAAUUAUCAUAAUUGUGGGUUGUGGUUAUGAAAAUAAGGGAAAAUCACAGACUGCCGUUACUCCACAAACCCCAUUCUGAGAAUCUAGAAUGUUCUUAUAAAAUGACCUCAAAUAAUAAUGAGAAGUUUUGGACAUAUUCAAAAAUCCACCAGGAUUUUAAACAUCAAAUGGAUAGUCUGUACAGUAUGUACUACAUUUAUAGCUUUAUUGGUCUUAAAAUCUUUGGAGCACUUUUUUUUUUUUUUUUACUUGUUAACUCCACCCCCAUCCAUUAUUCCUUCUUAGAACAUACAGCAGCCAAGAUCAGCAGUUCAUCAAUCUUAUUUUAGCAGCUAGAUAACCUUGAAGAGAAAGAGUGAAAAGUGAUUGCACUAUACACAGUAGUAAAGUUCGGCUUUCAAAAGGUUAAGAUAUACAGCCAAAAAUUAAGUUUUUUAUUUUAACUGACAUUACAAAUAACUUUUAUUUUGGCAUAUCAUGUACUACGAUUAUAGAUCCAAACAAUUUACAGGUUUAUGAUACAUGUACUGUAUAAACACUGGCUUAUCAAUUUAGAAGUAGAAGAAAAAGAAAAUUGUCUAUUUUAGUGUCUUUUUUAUUCCAUUUUAUAAGUCAAUUUCUCCAUAAUAAUACAGUAUAUUACAAAUUAUGCAGUUAUGUCCUGAAAGUAAAAGUAAUGCAAAGUAAAGUAAACGUGCAAUUUGUGCUAAAAAAAAAAAGUUAUGCCCAAUUUUGCAUUAAUUUUGGUACAGUGCAAAAUUUAGUAAAAUAUAUUAAAUAUAAAUAAAGGUAUCUAGUAAUUCCUAUUAUAAGACUAAUUAUAGUCUACGUAUA